UGUGAGCUGCUGCUGGUCCUGCCUGCCUGCCUGCCAGAGAGGGGAGUCGAGAGCUCUGCUGGGAACUACAUGGUGCUCAAUUUUUCAAGAUGUCGUCGCUGGAACAGAGGCUGUCGCGAAUCGAGGAGAAACUAAAGCAGGAAAAUGAAGAAGCUCGCCGGAGAAUCGACCUCAACAUCGACAUGAGUCCGCAGCGAUCACGUCCGAGGCCGAUCAUCGUGAUCCAGCUCAGUCCUGCUCCAGCCCCUUCCCAGCGUGCAGCACUCCAGCUGCCGCUGGCCAACGAUGGAGGCAGCCGUUCAUCGUCUUCAGAGAGCUCGCCUCAGCACCACCCCUACCCUAGCCGCCCGCGACACAUGCUCACCCUGCCCACACCUCCAUACGGCCUACAGAAGAGCCUAGAGAAUGCAGAGAUUGACCAGAAAUUGCAGGAGAUCAUGAAACAGACGGGUUAUCUGAAGAUCGACGGUCAGCGGUAUCCAGCAGAGGUGACGGACCUGAUCAGUGAGGGAGAGAUCGGCAGCGGGACCUGCGGACAAGUUUUCAAAGUGCGAUUCAAGAAGACCGGCCAUGUCAUCGCUGUCAAACAAAUGCGUCGUACAGGAAACAAGGAUGAGAACAAGAGGAUCCUGAUGGACCUGGAUGUGGUGCUGAAGAGUCACGACUGCCCUUACAUCAUCCAGUGCUAUGGCGCCAUAGUUACCAAUACGGAUGUUUUCAUUGCCAUGGAGCUGAUGGGAACAUGUGCUGAGAAGCUGAAGAAGAGAAUCCAGGGCCCCAUCCCAGAGCGAAUCCUUGGAAAGAUGACAGUGGCGAUAGUGAAGGCGUUGCUGUACCUGAAAGAGAAACAUGGUGUCAUCCACCGGGACGUCAAACCCUCCAACAUCCUCCUGGACGAUAAAGGUCAGAUCAAACUUUGUGACUUCGGCAUCAGCGGACGCCUCGUCGACUCCAAGGCAAAGACCCGCAGUGCUGGCUGUGCUGCCUACAUGGCGCCUGAGAGAAUAGACCCUCCAGAUCCCACCAAACCUGACUAUGACAUCCGAGCAGAUGUGUGGAGCCUUGGCAUCUCUCUGGUGGAGCUGGCCACGGGACAGUUUCCCUACAAGAACUGCAAGACAGACUUUGAAGUUCUGACCAAAGUGCUGCAGGAAGAUCCUCCUCUGCUGCCUCUUGGUAUGGGCUUCUCCCUCGACUUCCAGUCCUUCGUCAAAGACUGCCUCACAAAGGAUCACAGAAAAAGGCCAAAAUACCACACGCUGCUGGAGCAUAAUUUCAUCCGGCGUUACGAGGUGCUGGAGGUGGACGUGGCCGGUUGGUUCCAGACGGUGAUGGAUCGCACCGAGUCGCCUCGCAGCAGCCAGUGUUACAGCCAUCAGCACCAGCUCCACUCCCUCUUCAGUAGGUAGCCUAGCCCAGCCCGGCGUUAGCUUAGCCAGACGCUAGUCUAGCCUAGCUUUAGCUUUGCCAAGCCCAGACUUAGUCUGUCCUAGUCUAGCCCAGCGUUAGCAGUUAAGCCUAG